GCAUGCUCGGUGUGCGCUGUCUUGUUCUCUCUCUCCUCACACCGUUGGGAGUUUGGAAAGCCUCUCACCAAGCAUACGUUACUGUCGUGUUAUAUCAUGUUCUACUGAGGAAACCCGCGAAUGUGUCACAGUUAAGAACAGCUCGAAGGUGGUUUUGCAAACAGCCAUGCUGCGUGUGUGCAGAAACGUGAGCCGCGCAGUAGCCCAGCAGUGCCUGUGUGGUAAAGCUCCACUGUGUCCUCUUCAGCCUCUUCGCCGAUAUGCAACACAUGGGGAAUCUGGUGGUUCUGCAGGCAAAAUAGUUGGAGUCAGCCUUCUGUUUGUUGGGGGAGGAUUUGGUGGCACAAUAUUGUAUGCAAAAUGGGAUCCGAAAUUCCGGCAGAAUGUAGAGCAGGCCAUCCCAUACGCUGACAGAGUCUUUGAUGUCACCCUUGGCCCUGCCCCUUAUGUAUUGCCUGUGCCAAAGAAACCGGGCCAAUUACAGAUUCCUUACAUGAGCGAGGUGACAAAAGAACCAAAGCAGUCCAAACAAAAGGGAAAGAAGAGUGAACCGGCAGAGGCUGCCCCAGCACCAACCCUUGAGGAGGAACAGAAACUGAAAGAGUCCUCUGUGGAGGCAGGGCACAUCAUUUCAGCGAUCGGAGAGGCCCUGUCAGUGCCCGCUCCCGCCACCCAUGAAGGGCAAAGAGAGCAAGAGGGGGAACACAAGCAUGCUGCAGCGGCAGGGGGGGAGGUGUGUGAGAAAUGCGAGGAGAGUGGACACAAGGACCUGCCGACAGUGAAGGAACGCCCGCCUGAGGAGGUGGCAGCCCGGCUCGCCAAGCAGGAUCAAGAGGAGCAGGAGAAGGUUGCCUCUCUGGCGGCGAUAUUGGAGGAGGCUCUUGGCAGCACAGCCCGUGUAACUCUACAGGCCAUUGCUGCCCAGGAUGCUGCUGUACAGGCAAUCAACAGCCAUUCCAUGAAGUUAAAAGAGGCUAUGGAAGAAACUGAGGCUUCGGUGGAGCAGAAGUCUUCUCAGUGGCGUGACCUUGAAGAAGCCCUGAAUGAACGCAGCAAGACGGUGGAUGAAGCUGCUGACGCCCUUUUGAAAGCCAAGGAUGGGCUAGAGAAGCUGCGAGGGGUGAUUGACGAUGCAAAACAGGCCAAUAUUGCCAGAGCUAAGCCUCAGAUUCGGUCUGCUGAGGAGAACCUGCACAACAUGCUGGUUGAUCUGGAUAAUGUCGUCAAAAAGGUUCAGGCAGCUCAGUCGGAAGCUAAGAUCGUAGCUCAAUAUCAUGAGCUUGUGGCUGUGGCUAAGGAGCAAUUCCAGAAAGAACUAGACAGCAUCACCCCAGACAUACAGACUGGGUGGAAGGGACUCAAGGUGUCUGAUUUAGCCGGCAGACUGACUACAGACGACCUGAACUCUCUGAUCGCCCACGCUCACCGACGCAUCGAUCAGCUCAACAAGGAGCUGGCUGAACAGCGGGUCCGGGAACGGCAGCACAUCGAGACUGCUCUGGCACAGCAGAAGAUGGAGGAUAACAAGGCUCUGGAGAUGGCUGUGGCCAAAGCAUUGGAGCACUACCGCGCAGAAGUCCGACUGGAUCAGGACAGAAAGGUCGAGGAGGUGCGGGAGCUGAUGGAGGUCGAGAUGAGGACUCAGCUGCGCAGACAGGCGGCUGCCCACUCUGACCACCUGAGGGAUGUGAUAAAAGUCCAGGAACAGGAGAUCAGAGCAGAGGCGGAGCAGGAGUUGGCACAUAAACUAUUAGAGCAAGAAACCCACUCUAGACGUAUGACUCAGGAACAACUGGAUAACUUCACUCUGGACAUGAAUGCAGCGUACGCACGGCUCAAAGGAAUGGAGCAAGCAGUCGACAGUCAUGCGGUUGCUGAAGAGGAGGCCAGGAAAGCUCACCAGCUGUGGCUUUCCAUUGAAGCUCUGAACUACAUCCUGAAGACUGCUUCGGGGGACAAGCCUACGGAACCUCUCGAUACAGCAGUGCAGGUCAUCAAAGCUAGCUGCGCGGAGAACGAAUUCACCCAGACCUUAAGCACUGCCUUGCCGAAAGAGUCCCUGAGCCGCGGGGUGUACAGCGAGGCCUCCCUUAGGGCGCGCUUCUAUACCAUCAGGAAGCUGGUCCGCCGAGUCGCCAUGAUCGACGAGACCAGGAAUAGCCUGUACCAGUACUUCCUUUCCUACCUGCAGUCUCUCCUCCUGAUGGAACCCCAGCAACUCAAACCCCCGGCGCAGCUGUCCCCCGAAGACCUGGACACGUUCAAGCUGCUCUCGUACGCCACGUACUGCAUCGAGCAUGGAGAUCUGGAGCUGGCAGCUAAGUUUGUCAACCAGCUGAAGGGAGAAUCCAGGAGAGUGGCUCAGGACUGGUUGAACGAAGCUCGACUGACCCUAGAAACUACACAAGUAGUCAGCCUUCUUUCUGCAUAUGCCAAUGCAGUGGGUUUAGGCACCACCCAGGUCAAAUAAUUUACUAAAUAAAUAUUUAAUGGAGCCCCUCUCUCAAAAAGAUAAAUAAAAAGGUUAAUAAGAUUCCUUGUGUAGCCUUUCCUUAUUUAAUUUAUAUAUAUAUAUAUAUAUAUAUAUAUAUAUAUAUAUAUAUAUAUAUAUAUAUAUAUAUAUAUAUAUAUAUAUAUGGUACACAGUGAGAUUUGUGUAAAGCCCUGUCUACAACAGUGCAACAUUUACCUUCUGUACAACUUACUGAAUCCAACAGGGUUCUGUUUGGCAGUAUUUUGUUGCAAGGUAGAGCAUUGUUUUUGCUUUAACGUCUGUCUGCAAGAAAUAAUAGAAAGUUGCAUAAUAUACACAGCUGUGGCGUACUGUGUAGCCAGGGCUUGAGGGAUGUUUGUGACCCUAAUGGCACAAGACACAUUCAGGAAUGAUCUACCCACACUAAAGGGAUUGUUUUCAAUUUACUCUCACAGUAUUUCAGUUGUUUAGUACUGACUCAAUAAUGAAUGCAGGAAUGCUUUCUGUUCAACCUGGUGUAAUGUUUUGAGUUCCUGAUUAAUAGUGAUUGGGCUUUGUGAUUUGAACCUAAUUACUUGUUUUCACAUUCUGCUGUUGAUUAAUUUCCUGCCUACUGGUACAUUUCAAUAAAACAGAAGCAAAGUUA